AUGGAUGAAUCAGGUAUAUACACUGACCCUAAACUUCUUCUGGAGAAUAAUGCCAGACUUGGGGCAACAUUACUUGCAUACAGGUUGGAAAUAGAUUCCGUCAAUGCUAAGUAUGACAAACAAGUAUAUCUAAACAUGCGUCUACAGUUCAUACUUAGCCACUUAACGCUUUCCUUGGAUAAAAUAACUAAUUCUUUGGACGAUUCUAUUGAUUGUUCAAUAGCAAACAUUAUAUUAGAUAAUUUAAGACAAUAUUUAUCUAGUAAUAGUAACAAAAUGAUGAGUGAAAUUGAUGAGAAUAUCACAAAGCAGUUAAAAAAUGCACUUAAUAAUGCGCUAUCAUCAUUUAAACGUAAUAAUAACAAUGUUAUUAACCAAAAUUCACAUGAUUUUGAUUAUGAGGCAUUAAUAUCUGAAAGUUUUAAUAAAUAUUUAAGUGCAACAUACCCGUCUAUGGGAGAGGUAGGCGAACUACGCAACGAAAUCAGCAGACUUACCAAACAAAAUGAUAUCCUUUAUCGCAAAUCUCAGGCAAACAACAUAGACAAUUCGCCCAUGGAUAUCGAAACAGAUACGAAUGACAACGCAGCAUCGUCUGGUUACAUUAACAAGCUCACAAAUCAGUGUAAAGAGUUGGAUAAGGCUCUACAAAAAUCUCAAAAUCAACUUUUAUCAUUCAAAAUGAAUGUUCUAGACAAAUUAAAAAAUGAAGAUAUUCAUUAUGAAAAGUUGGCAUCAAUGCUGAAUAGUGAAAAGGUAUCGCAUAUCAAUCAAAUCCAAACGCUACAAUCUCAAUUACUACAACUAGGUGAUGAAAACACAAAGUUAACUAGUGAAAUAAAUGUAUUGAAGUCUGAGUGUGAGAAAUUAAAGGAAAUAUGCAAGAUUUCUGAAGAUACAUUAAAUGAUAGAAUCAAGUUGAGUGAAUCAUUGAAGACAAAAAACACACAAUUGUCUAAGGAAUUAUCCGAAGUCCGUAGUUUGCUGAAUAAAAAUACUGCUGAAGAUGAUAUCGAUUCGAUCAAACUAAAAUUGGCAGUUUUAGAGAAGAAUCAGGCAGAAUUUAAAACAAUAGAAGAAAAUCUCAACAAUGCCAUUAAUGAGAUUGAAGAGAUAUCCAUUGCAUUCGAGGAAAAGCAAAAACAAUGUGAAAAUUUUACCAAGCAAUUGAUGCUAAAGCCCACACCACAGACAGAAACAUAUAAUGUGAAAAUUGAACUCGAUAGAUUGAACAGCAACUUCCAAAAACAAUUAAAUCUUUACUCUGAAAAAAUAAGGGAUUACGAUAUUGCGACUCAAUUGUACAUUGAAGGCUGGAACCAUUCCUACCAAAGGGCAAUAGCAAUUGAACGGGAGAGGGAUGAAUUGUUACGAUAUUUGCAUAUGUCUAGUGAAAGAAAUACAUUGCUAAGCAGACAAUUAGAAGAUGCGAAGGAUAAGGAUAAUACAAUCUAUGGGCACAGGAGGAAGAAUUUGAAACCUGGAGAUGAAAAUGCAUUGAUCGUGCGAGAAAAUGCUGAAUUAAUCAAGCGUAUAACCUGCGCAGUUUGUAAUGAAAGGUUUCGUGAUCAUGUAAUUAUAAAGUGUGGGCACUUCUUCUGCGAACCGUGCCUGGAUGAUAAUAUUAAAUCGAGGAAUAGAAGAUGUUCGCAAUGCAAAAUUAACUUUGACAAGAGGGAUAUUCAAAAAAUUUACUUUUAG